AUGUUGAUUACUGAGAUCUCCCUUCUGCAAAAUGCCGUGGAAAGACAUAAGAGGUGUAAACUCAGUCUCAUCCACAUUUCAGUGGAGAAGGAUGUAAAAGGAAUAAAUACUGUGCUCUUUGUAAGUAUUCCUUUAAAAGUGAAAAGUCCCGGUCAACUUUUUUAG